AUGUCCUGGGAGGCACUAUCCAAACAGGCGCAGGCGGACUUAUUAAACUCCAUUCCUGCCAAGUGGAGGAUUGACGCUGAAGCUUUUACAGCGGUAACGGAUGUCUCCCAAAUACCAAAGACAUGCGGAAUCUUGAGUUCCCGCCAGAUUCAAAUUACAGAGCUCACUGCGACAGAGUUGGCGAAACAUAUCGCAUCUCGCCAGUUGAGAGCGGUGGAAGUUUUGGAUGCAUUUGCCGCCCGUGCAGCGAUUUCCCAUCAAUUGGUCAACUGUCUUACGUCAUGGUUCCUCGAAGAGGGAAUGCGACAAGCCCAGCGCUUGGAUAAGAUACUUGACGCUGGAGGAAAACCCCUGGGGCCCUUACACGGCGUUCCGGUUGCACUGAAGGAUUCUUACAGUAUGAAAGGUCACCCAACUACUCGCGGGUAUGUCGUCAAUAAAGACGAUGUGCAGCAUCAUGACGAUACCAUUGUGGCAACGCUACGCGCUGCGGGUGCGGUAUUUUUUUGUAGAACCACAAUGCCUCAGACAGGCAUGGCGCUGGAAACAGUCAGCAACUUAUGGGGCCGCACUUUGAAUCCUUUCUACACCAAGCUCGUUGCGGGAGGGAGCUCUGGUGGAGAUGGUGCUGGUGGCCAUGAGAGGUUGUCCAAUUGCACCGUCGACAGAUAUCGGUGGUUCCAUUCGUGUUCCUGCUGCUUUCAAUGGUCUCUAUGCCAUCCGGCCCACCUCGCUUCGAAUUCCCAAAGCGGGAUGGGGAGGAUCGAAGACAGAUAUGACGUCUGCAGUGUCCCUAUUCCCUGGAGAGAUGUGUCACUGCCAAAGGGAAAGUUGGUAGUGGGUAUAAUGAACUGGGAUGGCGCAGUCAUGCCUCAGCCACCUGUUCUUAGAGUCAUGGCUCAUACAAGACAGGCUCUCCAAAAAGCUGGAUUUGAACAAGACACUUUGUUUAACUCCAAUACAGUAAUUGAAUUCCAGCCACCAUUCGAUUGCUGGGAGCUCGCCAAAUGCACGUUUGACAUCUACUUCCAAGAAGCUGGUGAAGAGACCCUUGCAAAGCUCAAACCUACCGGGGAGCCACUUAUUCCAGCGUUUGCAAAUCUGCUUAAGGUCUAUAAUGCGCGCCAUCUUACCGCGCUAAAGCUUUACCAUCUCAAUAUGAGAAUGAGGGGGUUCAAGGAGCAAUUCGCAGAUGCCUGGAUGCAGACAAACCGGAUCACUUCAUCCGGACGCCCGAUGGAUGCUUUGAUUUGCCCUGCUGCACCCUCAGCGGGCGCACCGCACGACUUCAAUGCAUACUGGGGCUACACAUCGAUGUUCAACUUCCUGGACUACCCAUCUACAAUCUUGCCCGUUAAAAAAUUUAAGAUUGAUCCUCGAAUUGAUCGUCUCGACGCAACCUAUCAACCAUUGACGUCAAAUCCUUACGACAAGGCAUACCAUGCUAUGUAUAAUGCGGAGCUCUUCGCCAACCAACCGUCUAGCAUACAAAUUGUUGGACGCCCAUUUGAUGAUGAGGAAAUUAUCGAGGUUACUUCUGAGAUUGACAAUCUUCUUAAGACGACCGGGGAAGUUAAAUCAAAUCUCUAG